UUGAACGUAAUUGGUCGUCUAAGCGCGGCAUAUAGAACUGGAAUAUAGAACAUUCGGACCAGUUCAGUUCACAGUCGUUGCUUUUAACGUUCAGUUAUCAGGUUCCAAGCACAAAAUGCUUCUGCGGGUGACCCAGUUUCUCUGCCUCGGGGCACUCGUAUUGCUAAGUCUUAUGCAACUUACGCAGGCAGUAGCCACUCCCAAUAAUAAUAAUAAUAAUAAUAACAAUAUUAAACCGAAGGCUGUGGUUCAGGUGCAGCCUGGAAAUCCACCGGGAAUCAAGCCUGCAGUCGCCACAACCACAACUACAAUCAAACCACAGAGACUGGUACCAGAUCCCAAAUGCCUGCAGCCCUUGGAGGUUGGCCCAUGUCGCAUGAGCCUAGAGAGGUUCUACUACAACAAGGAUAAAAAAGCCUGCGAGACCUUCAAGUACGGAGGAUGUCGAGGCAAUGACAAUCGUUGGGGAUUCCGACAAACUUGUGAGGAGGCUUGUAUCCCCAAAAAGUGAACCAUUGAUGGCGGUCGAAAAAUACGAGAUUGUUUGCAAAUUGUAAAUGCUAGAUGAAAUUAUUUGUUGUUGUAUAUUAAAAUAAUUACUUGAAAUGGGUUUUUGCUAAUGCGAAA